GCUGGAGAGGUAAAGCAGGACCUGAUGCUGCUCUGAGGGGGCUGCCUGCUGCCUGCUGCCUCCCUGCUCUGUCUCUUUAACCAGCAGGCUCGCUGUCACUGUGGUCCCGCCCACUCUCGCAGCCCCUCCAGUGUUGCUGGCCUGAGAUGGGAGCGCACACAGCAGCACCAUCAUCACGGCCGGAGAAAACGGGAGAACGCUGGAAAAGAACACCGGAAAAAAUCCCAAUGCCGCAGACGUGCCGUGGGAGAAAAAUGGGAUAACGGCACCAUCUUUUUUUUUUAUUUUUUUUAUUGUGCUUUUUUCCCCCUCCCCCGUCCUCCCGGAAUCCCCUUACCAGCUCGAUCGCGUUCCUCCUUGAGAAACUCAGAUGUGGUCGUCGCUUGUGUUUUGCGCUUUCUAUCCAUUCUCCUUGAGCGCCGCUGGUACAAAGGCGCCUGGUCCGGAGCACCAGCGCUACCUGGGAUUAAUGCCGUAUGAAUGGGCAAGAGUGAAACCCGGAAUACUAAACACAGACAGUGAGUAAAACCUAGUUGGAUUAAAAACACUUUCUUUAUUUUUUUUUUCCUUCUUCUUCUUCUUCUUCUUCUUCUCUUCUUCGGAGCCAGGCCACCAGUGACAGAUGCUGUCAUUGUGUCGAGGCUGAGAUUUUGGAGAGAAAAUUCUCCUCCUGAAAAGUGGCCUUUUCUGGAACAAUGCAUGAGAAAGUCGAGCGACACAGCAGCUUUUUAUUCCUGUUCAUGCCUCACUCGCUCCCAGCUCUUCCUCUGCCUGAGCAGCCGGUUUCUCUUGUUUCAGAAUGGGAUGUAUUGUUGCAUCUGCGCAGCCCACGACAAGUGUCAGCAAUUAGACUGCGCGUUUCCGAGCGGCUCACCUAAAGGCCUGUUAUAAACACUGCUUUGUGACUGUACGUUGGCCAUUGUUGUGAAGACCCAAAGAGAGGACUAACCGUGAGCACCAUUCAUCCUGUGUGCGUGUGCGAGCCACGAUUUCUCAUAGAGAUCAUAUAAACAGUAUGGUGGAGCCUGUGGGUUUCAUCGAAGCGUGGAAGGCGCAGUUUCCAGAGUCAGAACCCCCCAAGAUGGAGCUGCGCUCAGUCGGAGGCAUCGAGCAGGAGCUGGAGAAGUGUAAAGCAUCCAUCAGGCGCCUGGAGCAGGAGGUGAACAAGGAGCGUUUCCGUAUGAUCUACCUGCAGACCCUCCUGGCUAAAGAGAGGAAGAGCUAUGACAAGCAGCGGUGGGGCUUCAGGAAGACGCCUCUGAAUGAGGGGGUGGACCCUGCAGCCACGCAGGGCGCCGAGUGCCAGUCCCAGCAGCCGCACAUGCAGGAGACGGGUGGAGUUGGAGUAGUCGUAGGCGGUGGGGGGUAUGGCGGUUGCACCGGGGGUGUUGGGGACAGGAGCCGGUAUCAGCCUCUUGGAGAUGGAGCUGGCAGGUCCAAACCCCGGCCUCCACCAGCCAGGAAGUCUGCCUCCCACGGAGACGGCCUGGAGUCAGCCUUCGAGGUGCCCCAGCAGGCUGAGUCGACGUCCUGUGACAACCUAGAUGGCCUCUCACCAUCCAAGCAGAGAGGCGGCAUCUCCGUGUCCCCUCGCAGGCCUACCCUUCCGCCCCCAGACAAGGACCUGCCCAUUGACCCCAAGGACAAGCUGGGGAUGGGACUUGGUGUGGCAGCUCUGAGGUCCAACUUCGAGAGGAUCAAACGGGCCAACUCUCACUCUGCAGGCGAUGUAGCCAAGGGCCAGGAGAAGCAGCUGCCGCCGCCUCCUCCGCCAUUCUACUCCAACAUGGAAUUCCAUCACGAGAGGGGUCUGGUGAGGGUCAACGACCGUGAAGUCUCAGAGAAGAUCAGCAGCCUGGGCAGCCAGGCUAUGCAGAUGGAGCGAAAGAGAUCGCUUCACUCGCUCCCAGGUAACCUGGCUACAGUGGCAGGGGAGCUCCGAGCCAGGCCCGUGUACAGAGGUCGGUCUACUGAGAGCACCUGUGGCUACGAUGCGGAGUAUGAAGACGGGGAACCCAACCAGCGACAUUCAGGACGGGCCAACGGGGGCAAACCUCCACCUCCUCCUUGGCAGCCCUCUGAGUUCCAGGCCUACUCUAGUGUCUAUGUUGGCGGGGUGAUGAUGGGUGAAGGUGGCGGUGGAGAUGGGAGAGGCGGUGGUGUAGGUGGCAGUGGAGUCACAAUGGGGGGUGACGACCACCUCUUGACCUGGCCACGCCGCUCCUACUCCCCAGGGAGCUUUGAAGAUGUCGGUGGCGGCGGUGGCUACACGCCGGACUGCAGCUCCAACGAGAACCUGACGUCCAGCGAGGAGGACUUCUCCUCGGGCCAGUCCAGCCACGUCUCUCCCAGUCCCACCACUGCUUUCCGCCGGCCCUUCAGAGAGAAGAGCCGCUCGCCGUCCCAAAACUCCCAGAACUCUCAGCACUCCUUCGACAGCAGCAGCCCCCCAACGCCGCAGUCCCAGAAGCGUCACCACCGGCAGCAGGGAGGCCACGUGGUCAUGUCUGAAGCCACAAUUGUGAGCGUUCGCAAGACCGGUCAAAUCUGGCCACCUGCUGCCCAUCACGACCUCAUGCCCCAUGGUAGAACGUCCCACGACAACAGCUUUCAUGGAGACCACCUAGAUGGUCAUUACACCGGGACCCCUCCCACAUACGGUUAUGAUGCAGACCGCGCAGAGGAGCAGCGGCGGCACCACGACAUCCUGCCGUACAUCGAUGACUCGCCGUCAUCCUCGCCGCAUCUCAGCUCCAAGAGCCGCAGCAGUCGGGACACCCUGUCCUCCGGAUCGUUAGAGUCCUCCAAGUCGACUGAAUGUGAUCUGGAAAAAGGUUUGGAGAUGAGGAAGUGGGUCCUGUCUGGGAUCCUGGCCACCGAGGAAACAUACCUCAGUCACCUGGAGGCACUGCUGCUGCCUAUGAAGCCUCUGAAAGCUGCAGCUACGACGUCACAGCCGGUGCUCACCGUCGCCCAGAUAGAAACCAUCUUCUUCAAAGUGCCUGAGCUCUACGAGAUCCACAGGGAGUUCUACGACGGACUUUUGCCCCGCGUCCAGCAGUGGAGCCACCACCAGAGGGUCGGGGACCUCUUCCAGAAACUGGCCAGCCAGCUCGGAGUUUACAGAGCGUUCGUGGACAACUAUGAACUGGCUGUGGAGACGGCGGAGAAGUGCUGCCAGGCCAACACGCAGUUUGCCGAAAUCUCUGAGAACCUGAAGGUGAGGAGCCCCAAGGACUCAAAGGACCAGACAGCCAAGAACUCUCUAGAGGCUUUGCUUUAUAAACCGGUGGACAGAGUGACUCGCAGCACAUUGGUACUUCAUGACUUGCUUAAACACACGCCCACCAGCCACCCAGACCACCCGCUUCUGCAGGACGCCCUGCGCAUCUCCCAGAACUUCCUGUCCAGCAUCAACGAGGAGUCGACGCCCCGGCGCCAGUCCAUGACGGUCAAGAAGGGAGAGAACCGCCAGCUUCUGAGGGACAGCUUCAUGGUGGAGUUGGUGGAGGGAGCGAGGAAGCUGCGGCACGUCUUCCUCUUCACCGAUCUGCUGCUCUGCGCCAAACUGAAGAAACAGAUCGGAGGUAAAAACCAGCAGUAUGACAGUAAGUGGUACAUCCCCCUGACUGACCUGACCUUCCAGGGCCCAGAGGAGGCCGAGCCACUUACCAUCCCCCAGGUCCCAGACGAAGAGCUAGACGCCAUGAAGGUCAAGAUCUCCCACCUCCGCAGUGAGAUCCAGAGGGAGAAGAGAGCCAACAAGGGUUCCAAAGUUAUCGACCGUCUCAGGAAGAAGCUGUCUGAGCAGGAGUCUCUGCUCCUGUUGACGUCUCCGAGCAUGCCCCUCAGAGUUUACAACAAGAGCGGCAAGAGUUACGGUUUCCUCAUUUCGUCGGACUACGAACGUGCAGAGUGGAGGGAGAUGAUCAAGGAGCAGCAGAAGAAAUGUUUUAAAACAUCCUCCUUGACGUCCAUGGAGCUGCAAAUGUUGACCAGCUCCUGCGUCAAACUGCAGACCGUCCACCACAUACCACUUAGCAUCAAUAAAGAAGAGGACGAAUCCCCCGGUCUCUACGGGUUCCUGAAUGUAAUCGUCCACUCUGCCUCCGGCCUCAAACAGAGCUUGAAUCUCUACUGCACAUUGGAGGUGGAUUCCUUUGGCUUCUUUUCAAACAAAGCUAAGACGAGAGUGUACCGAUACACUACUGAGCCCAAAUGGAACGAGGAGUUUGAGAUUGACCUGGAGGGCUCUCAGACCCUGAGGCUGCUCUGCUACGAGAAGUGCUACAACAAGACCAAGCAGAACAAAGAGGAUGGAGAGAGCACAGACCGCAUCAUGGGGAAAGGACAGAUCCCGCUUGACCCUCAGAGUCUCCAAGGCAAAGACUGGCAGAGAACAGUAAUUCCCAUGAACGGGAUCGAGGUUAAACUUUCCAUGAAGUUCACCAGCCGAGAGUUCAGCCUGAAGAGGAUGCCCUCACGGAAACCCAUGGGUGUGUUCGGGGUCAAGAUCUCAACAGUGACCAAGCGAGAACGCUCCAAGGUGCCCUACAUUGUCCGGCAGUGCCUUGAGGAGAUUGAAAGGAGGGGUAUGGAGGAGGUGGGCAUCUACCGAGUAUCAGGGGUCGCCACUGACAUUCAGGCCUUGAAGACCGCCUUUGACACCAAUCACAAAGAUGUGUCAGUGAUGAUGAGCGAGAUGGACGUCAAUGCCAUCGCUGGGACCUUGAAGCUAUACUUCAGAGAGCUGCCAGAACCACUCUUCACUGAUGAGCUCUACCCCAAUUUUGCAGGCGGCAUUACCCUGUCUGAUAGUGUUGCCAAAGAGAGCUGUAUGUUGAACUUACUGCUGUCACUGCCUGAACCCAACCUGGUCACAUUCCUUUUCCUAUUGGAUCACCUGAAGAGGGUGGCAGAGAAGGAAAGCAUCAACAAAAUGUCUCUCCACAACCUGGCGACGGUGUUUGGGCCGACCCUGCUGAGGCCUUCCGAGAAGGACAGCAAGAUUCCCGCUAACCCCACCCAGCCCAUCAGCAUGGGGGACAGCUGGUCCCUGGAGGUUAUGGCACAGGUCCAAGUGUUGCUGUAUUUCCUGCAGCUGGAGACGAUCCCCACCCCUGACAGUAAACGACAGAGCAUCCUCUUCUCGACUGAAGUAUAGUGCGAACACUGACUCUGCCAUACUUUGACCGUGAAAGAGUGAAAAAGAGAUGGACCGUGGCUCAAAGUGAGCCUGUAGUAGUGUGUUUUUGAAUUGAUUGCCCGGAUUCCUGUAGAGGAUCGUCUCUGGUGAUGCCUGCCUCUCCUCAAACACAAGAGGGCGCCAUUGGGCCUCAGAGGAUGUGGGGGUCCUCCCCGUUCAUAUCUGUCAUUAUCUGAUAUUUAGUGUGAUUCCUUGUACCUCCAGUGAUGGUGUGGGUACACCUGCCAUCCACAUUUCUCCCCAUUGCUCUUUGCUGGUCUUAACAUUGAACCUUUACAGCUUGUGUGGUUCAUAAGUCAAGACAUCGUCAAAAAUCAGUCCAUAAGAGAACAAAAUCUUGAUUUCUUGGAUUAGUUUGCCACGUCCCUUUGUGUUUGGGCAUUGUUCUCUAUCUGUGUUUGUUUUUGGACAAUCAUCCGCUCAAGACUGCAAAACGUGUUAAUCCAUCUCAAACAUCGCUUCGUGUCCUGUCAAGGAGGAUUUCUGCUCGUGUCUUACAUCAUCUCAGCACAAGAGGAGGCAUUUGUGCUGUUCGUGGGAGUUAAUAUAUGGACAUCCAGAGCUGCCACGAUGCCCCGGCUUCUUUUUUUCUGUCUUUGUGCCAGGAAGCCAACACCUGUCCGUUAAAGUGUUUACAACGUAAACAAACCCCUAUUUGAGUCAAGAGACGAACACUACAGACUGUAAGAGAAAAAGAAACCAACCCGAUGAUUAGUAAUACACUGCAAAUCUGACUGCCUGCAUUUUUUUUCCGAAUCAUAAAAAAAGCAAAAUCGUGUUGUACGUGUCUCGAGGUAGUCUUCAGCUUAAAUAUCCAGGAAGCAAUAUAUUUUCUAACAUAGGAGUUGUCCGUGUUCAUAUCUUUGCUGACGACAUGUCCUUCUUGUAACAAAGGACAUUUUGCCAAAUUAAUAUGUUGUCCGUUUGUUUCUUAGUUGUAUUUACAGAUACAGUAUGUACAUAAUCUCAAAGUUGUAUUUUUUUUUUCUUCUUUCGGUUUUAACGGUAUAAUCAUUGUCGCUAUUAUUGUAAUUUAUUUCGGGGGGGAUCAGUUGUUUUUCUAUGUUUUUUCUGUUGGAUUAAGAAAGUGGUAGGUCUUAGCCUUGACUUCAGGUCUUGCAGUAAACAAGCAGGAUUUAGCCUUGUUCUUAUAGAAACUACUCUGCUGUUCUGUCCAGCCUAUCGAUUAUUAUUCAUUUAGAUAUUAUCAUUAUUAUUAUUAUUAUUAUUAUGAAGGUAACACAAACAUUGUAGUUACAUACUGUAUGCUGCUGCUGUGGAAAAGGCACAAGCUCUUUAACUGCUGGGUGUUCCUCAGCAGAACAUCUCACAUCCAGAGACCGUCUCCUGUCUAGUGUAGACAUUAUGCAAUGUCAUAACACAGAGCACACACACACACACACACACACACAGAGCGCACGUGUGCGCACGCACACACACACACACACACACACACACACACACACACACACACACACACACAACAUUGUCUCUUUGUACCAUUUAAUCUGUGGCUGCAGAAGUGCACUCAUGUUAGAACUACUGUAUUACAAUUUAAGUGACCUGAGCACUCCAUGGAAGAGCAUAUCUGUUGGUUUGAAUGAAGGAAAUUUUAUUGUGUUUCAUCUUCUCCUGGUAUCUUUUUUUGUAAUUUAUCCCACACAUAUGGCGAAAAUAUCCAAAUAAUGAACUGUCCCUUUAAAUGUUCUUUAUCCUGUCAAGCCUGGAGGUGUCCAACUUAAUGGUCAAUUUAAAGGAAAACUCUUAAGAUAUUUGACUUUUCUUUUUAUUUUAACUUCUGUGUCCGUGAUUUAACAUGCAGGCAUGUUUAAUUGAUAUGUUUGAUUUUCCUUUUUGGUCUUGUUAUUACUCUGUCUUAUUCACAAAUACAUCAAAAUAGACCGGGAUGUUAGUAACUCGUCAGUACCUGGGUAACAUUAUUAAAAACGUGUCCUUUUGUGCCCAGUUUAAAGGAUAGGUUCACAGAAAAGUCUGUCUUAAAACAGCUUCCCAUGUAGACAUUGGAACAUGGUUUAUCAUUCCUCCUGUUCACACUGGCCUAAAGAUCCCUUCCCACUGCGCUUUCAAUAAAAAUGAGGGGAGGCAAAGUUGGAGUUGAUAUAAGGCUUCCUGUUUAUCAUCUCAUCUCUCAUUCUUUAAAUGCCACCAGAAUGCAGGAAACACAGUCCUUCCAGCUCAAUUUCAUAAAAUUGUUUCAAAAGCCUCCCUAUUUUUAAGGUCUUAAGGCUGGCAAGUAUGGUUAUCCACCAAAGUUAGAAUCCCUCCCAGAACCAACUUUCCCCCUUUUUCUCUCAGUGUAGAAUCAACAUCCAGGAAAAACGAAAAGGGAGUCGGAUUAACUUUUUUGUCCCUGUCACUUUGAAAGCACUUUAGGACGGGUUCUUUCAACGGCCACGCUGAAAUGAACGAAUGAUUUCAGCGAAAGCUCAUGUUCCAUGGCUGACUUGUGUAUAAAGACACCUGAAAAUGUCAUUUACAGGUCCAGUGUGUAUGAUUUAGAGGGGUUUACAUUCAGAAAUAAUGACACAAAUUGAACAUAGUUAUGUUCAUUUGUGUAUAAUCCCCUGAAACUAAUAAUCAUUGUGUUUACGUUACCUUUAAAUGAGCUUUUUAUAUCUACCGAUGGAGGAGCAGAGUCCUUCAUGUUUCUACAGUAGCCCAGAGUGACCAAACCAAAACGUACUUUUUUCAUGUUUUUAGCGACCACCAUAGUAGAGGGUGAGACGAGUGGUGUUGCAAUCUGUGACCACACUGCCAGAUGCCACUGAGCCCUACACACUGGACCUUUAAGGAUGAUGAUUAGUUUCUCAUAUCAUAUCUUAAGCAUCAAAGCUACAACCAACCGACCAGUAUAGUGCAUCUGAUAAGGGCCUGUGUAUGGUUGCGUACGGGUUUUAAGGAAACAUAGGGGGGCUCAUAUGAGUAAAUGGUAGUAUUAACAAAUCUUGAACACAGUUGGCUUUAGACUUUCUUUGAAAAAAGCAGGAUGAGUCUUUCCUUUUGGAUACGUAUCAACUCAAGACAUUUACACUCAAAUGCUACACUCACAUGAUACUAUGGAUUAAAAAAAAAUGCCAUAAUUGUAUCAACGCCGUUGAUUACAAUGAGAAGAUUUUACUCUGAAAGCGUUCGCCCCGCUGAUUUUUGGCCUACUGUAGCAUGCGCCCACAUUGUUUCCCCGUCUGUAUUUCGAGAUGUGAGACGGAGAGUGACUCCACCCUUCAUCCCCUCAUCCGUCACCUCUAUUAUAACAAGUCCCGAUUGCCUACACUGCUCUACCCUAUCGUGCCUCGACACUUUGUUUUCUCGUUUCUUCUGUGGAGACUGUGACGGUCGCACAGUCUCCCGUUGCCUUUGCUGGGGACGGCCACACACCUUUUUCGUCUCUUAACGACUAAGACAGGACCUUGAACUUCAGCGUGGUCUUAGCUCAUAACCGUACACGCCCUCCCUUUGCUCCGCUCGCCACCUUCACCUGACUGUGAUGCUGUCAUUCGAAACUGUAUUGAAGUCAGUCUUAAUGGUGCAAAGGGAAAAAAAAAAUAAAAAAUCUGUUGCCGCUCGUGCUCGUUCUUGCUCUUAAAGUUUCAGCCCCCUUUAAUGCCUUUUUUUUAUCCUUAUUUAUUUACGCUUCGCCCCUGUUUGGUGUAAGAAGGUGUACUGGAGCUGUUUAUUUAUGAUAUGAUAUCGUCUAAAGCUAAAUUAAUGUUUGGAAAAAACUGUGUGCUUUCUUUGGGAAAAUGUCUGUUAUUGUUUUUUUUUAUGGAACAUCCUACUAAAGUUUGUUACUAUUUUGUCCCAGAAACCUCAGACAUCCUCUAAACACCCUUACCCCCCCCCCCAACGUCAUCGGCUCAUCUCCGUAGUUACUUGUGUCGUUACAACAGACUGGCCACUGUGAUUGUUAAACGGGUGCAGGUUCUUGCCAGUUUGCAGAGGUAGAUCUCUUACUUUUCCAUGGAAGUUGUAUAAUAUGUAUUAUACUAGAGAGUACGUUAUUCGGUUUCCGUUUUUUAUUUAUCGUGGCGUCCGCUGAUUGUUGAGGACUGAGCUGGUACGCCCUCCAGUCUCCUUGAGAAAAAGCCGAGCUGUCGUUGUGUGGUAGAGGAGAAAAAAAAAAAGAGUCUUAUGUUGCCUCUGAAAUCUGCAUUGUUUUGGUCUGUUUGAUUGUCGGUGUAACUGCAUGUACCCUCCCAUGACCCGCAGCCCCCACAGUUCUGCACACCAACAAGUCGAUCCAGCACAAAAAGGUCUCUUUUUUUUCUGCGGGGUAGCCUGAACAUAUGGAACAUAUUGCUCUAUAUGAAAGUUACCAAUGAUCACCACGUUUCCAUGCUAUGGUUAAUACUUUUUAAACGACCCCCUGCCGCCACUUCCUCAACGCCGAGCCGACACUGAAAAUCGACCGGGAAAGUGUGCCAGCUUUGUUCUGUUUCCGACACGUAACGUAAAGCCCCUGGAUGAGACUUGCCGGCCAACCCACAAACACUUUCUCUUUUUAUCUUCCUCGAUUUUUUUUUGGACUCUCGUUCCUGUUCAAUAUUCAACGUUCUGCUUGUAGAACUGUAAAAAAAAAAAAAAAAGAAAAAAGAAAAAAAAAGGAAUACUGUAUCCUGAGGGCAAACAUGUUUGGAAGGCAUUUGCAGCCUAUGUUUGUACACAAAAAUGUUAAAUAAAAUCUCCUUGUAUCUACAGAGAA